AUCAGACCCUUUUUUUGUCUCUCGAUUGCUGUCUCCCGACCAAACUCCGAUGUGUUCCGUUAUCAGCGACCUAAAGCCUGCCAUUCCAGCACCUGUCUUGCUAGGGAUCGGUGGAUAGUAUACGAUUCAGAAAGCAGACAAGGACAUAGGAGGAGAGAGAGCUCUAGAGAGACAGCCAGGGAUAGGCACAGAGAGCUUUGAAGUAAUUGGAUUCAAUGGACGAAAUGCUGCUGUUGACAAGAAUUCUCUUGGUGGGCUUCAUCUGCGCUCUUUUAGUCUCCUCUGGGCUGACUUGUGGACCAGGCAGGGGCAUUGGAAAAAGGAGACACCCCAAAAAGCUGACCCCUUUAGCCUAUAAGCAGUUUAUUCCCAAUGUGGCAGAGAAGACCCUAGGGGCCAGUGGAAGAUAUGAAGGGAAGAUCACAAGAAACUCCGAGAGAUUUAAAGAACUAACCCCAAAUUACAACCCUGACAUUAUUUUUAAGGAUGAAGAGAACACGGGAGCUGACAGACUGAUGACUCAGCGCUGCAAGGACAAGCUGAACGCUCUGGCGAUCUCGGUGAUGAACCAGUGGCCCGGGGUAAAGCUGCGGGUGACCGAGGGCUGGGACGAGGACGGCCACCACUCCGAGGAGUCCCUGCACUACGAGGGCCGCGCCGUGGACAUCACCACGUCGGACCGGGACCGCAGCAAGUACGGCAUGCUGGCUCGCCUGGCCGUCGAGGCUGGCUUCGACUGGGUCUACUACGAGUCCAAGGCGCACAUCCACUGCUCCGUCAAAGCAGAAAACUCAGUGGCAGCCAAAUCUGGUGGCUGCUUCCCCGGCUCGGCUACGGUGCACCUGGAGAAAGGUGGGACCAAGCUGGUGAAGGACCUGAGGCCUGGAGACCGGGUGCUGGUGGCCGACACCGAAGGCCGUCUGCUCUACAGCGACUUCCUCACCUUCCUUGACCGCGAGGACGGCUCCCACAAGCUCUUCUACGUCAUCGAGACGCGGCAGCCCCGGGCCCGGCUGCUGCUGACGGCCGCCCACCUCCUGUUCGUGGCCCCCCAGCAGAACCAGUCGGAGGCGGGGAGCGCCGGCGGCCGGGCGCUGUUCGCCAGCCGCGUGCGGCCGGGCCAGCGCGUCUUCGUGCUGGGCGAGGGCGGGCGGCGGCUGCUGCCGGCGGCCGUGCACCGCGUGUCGCUGCGGGAGGAGGCGUCGGGAGCCUACGCGCCGCUCACCGCCCAGGGCACCAUCCUCAUCGACCGCGUGCUGGCCUCGUGCUACGCCGUCAUCGAGGAGCACAGCUGGGCACACUGGGCCUUCGCUCCCUUCCGCCUGCUGCAGGCCCUGCUGGCCGCCCUCUGUCCCGCCGGGAUGGGGUGCCCCAUGGGAGACCCCACGGCCCCCGGCAUCCACUGGUACUCUCGGCUCCUCUACCGCAUCGGCAGCUGGGUGCUGGAUAGUGACUCUCUGCACCCGCUGGGCAUGAUGGUGUCGUCCAGCUGA